GGCAGCAGACGCAAAACCCGACCGCUGGAUCUCAUCUGUGCGCUGCGAGCUAUUAACGGGAAACAACGCACGAAAGACUACAGGAUUUAUCCAAGUGGGAGGUUUUUUUUCAACCUGCGGAGGCACAUGUUAUUCUAUUUUUUGACUAUGCACGAAUCUUGAAAUGAUUUACUUGUACUUUCUGGAUAUUUGAAUCAACUAAGCGAUUCGAGUUUGGAUACUAUCGCCUCCAAAACGCACGGACUAUAACGCGCGGCUGUUUCCAGGACGGUUUCUUUUUUUGUGUGUGUUUUAAGGAGAUAUUGACUGUGCCAACAUUCACACCGGACAGCUGGUCAGUGUUUUAAGGUGCUCAUGCCCGGGAUGAUGGUGUCGCUCACCGGGGCAGCCUUGCUCCUGUUAUCCGGGCUGCUCGGUUCGCUCUGCGUGGUGCAGGGUUUUGGCGAAGAGGUAGAGGAGAUGACCUGCGACCCGAUCCGGAUCAGCAUGUGCCAGGGUCUCGGUUAUAACGUCACCAAGAUGCCCAAUCUGGUCGGCAACGUGCUACAGUCGGACGCAGAGCUGCAACUGACCACGUUUACGCCACUCAUACAGUACGGCUGCUCCAGUCAACUCAAGUUCUUCCUGUGCUCAGUCUAUGUGCCAAUGUGCACGGACAAGGUUCCCAUCCCCAUUGGUCCCUGUGGUAGCAUGUGUCUGUCCGUCAAGAGGAAAUGCCUCCCAGUGCUGCAUGAGUUUGGUUUCAUUUGGCCUGAGGUCCUCAACUGCAGCCUCUUCCCACCUCAGAACGACCACAAUCACAUGUGCAUGGAAGGUCCGGGGGAUGAGGACCCUCCCUACUAUCCAGUCCGCCAUCCUCCCCAUCAGGAGUGUCAGGCAUUGGGAUCUGAGCCUGAACAGUAUACCUGGUUGAAACAGACGGAAAGCUGUGCUCUCCAGUGCGGCUACGACAGUGGGCUCUACAGACGGGGGGCAAAAGUCUUCACAGACGCCUGGAUGGCGGUGUGGGCUGUGCUGUGCUUCCUCUCAACUACCCUGACGGUCCUGACCUUUCUGCUGGAUUCACAGCGCUUCUCAUACCCGGAAAGGCCCAUUAUCUUCCUGUCCAUGUGCUGUAAUCUGUACAGUGUUGCCUACCUGGUACGGUUGACUCUGGGAAGGGAACGCGUUUCCUGUGACUUGGAUUCAGCAGCAGUACCAAUUCUAGUACAAGAAGGGUUAAAGAGCACUGGCUGUGCCAUCGUCUUCCUUCUGCUCUAUUUCUUUGGCAUGGCCUCCUCACUCUGGUGGGUGAUCCUGACCCUGACGUGGUUCUUGGCUGCCGGACUAAAGUGGGGUCAUGAAGCCAUUGAAAUGCACAGCUCCUACUUCCAUAUAGCAGCCUGGGCUAUACCAGCUGUUAAAACUAUUGUCAUCCUCAUAAUGAGACUAGUAGAUGCAGACGAUCUCACUGGACUCUGCUAUGUUGGCAACCAGCAGCAGGAGGCGCUCACAGGCUUUGUAGUGGCACCACUGUCCACAUACCUUCUCAUAGGAACCCUGUUUAUAUGCGCCGGUUUGGUGGCUCUUUUCAAGAUCCGCUCCAAUCUGCAGAAGGACGGCGCCAAGACAGACAAGCUGGAGCGUUUAAUGGUGAAGAUUGGAGUGUUUUCCGUUCUCUACACUGUUCCAGCAUCCACCGUCAUUGGCUGUUACAUCUACCAGCUCACACACUGGGGGGACUUCAAAGCCAACGUACGAGACUCAUACGUUGCCUCGGAGAUGCUUCGAAUCUUCAUGUCACUGCUUGUUGGCAUCACGUCGGGUAUGUGGAUCUGGUCAGCCAAGACCCUCCAUACCUGGCAGCGCUGCUCUGCCCGCCUACUCAGGGACGGCAGGGCGAGCCGAGGAGGCAAGAGGGCACCGGGCGAGGGCUGGAUCAAACCGGGGAAAGGCAAUGAGACAGUGGUGUGAGAGGACAGAAAGAGAGAACGGGACAGGAAUGGACUUCUACCUGCUUCGUUCUCUCUAGCAGAGACUCGCUUCCCCCGAAAGAAAGGACAGAGAGGACACAGAAUCAAUGUGACACAGAAACUUAACAGGAGUUUCUUACAGAAGCCACUGGAUGUAAAUGCAUCAUAAAAAGCUCUCUGAGAGUCAAAGAGCAUGUUUCACCCCGUCUUACUUUAACUCUGUGCCUCUAUCAGGGGUUGGCACUGCCCUUAAAUGUUGGAGUUAAGGAGGAGAAAAGGGGAGGACUGAUAUAUAAAGUAGCAACAGUAGCCUCUCUACCUCUGUUUGACUUUCAUUGCCCAGAGAGACAAAGAAUGAAGGAGAAAGAGAGACGGAAAAGGCAGAAUCCGAGCAUCAAUAUGAAGACCAGACACAUCAAUAAGCUGUGUAGCACCACGUCUACCUCUCUGUCUCUCUUUUCUCUACAGCCCUCAGCAGAAGAGACUGAAGCUGCUGCUGGAUACAGUAAAUCUUACACCAUUGUGUCUUUUUUUUUUUUUUUUUUAGGGUUUUGAAAUUUACACUGGAGGGUCAUGGUGCAGAUAUUAUACAGAUGUAGGCUGACGUUUCCCAAAAGUAUCUGACACCUUGAGUCCCUGUCGGUUUUUAUAUCUUUGUGGGAAAAUUUAAAAAAAGACAAUGAAAUACCAGACCAAAAAACAAUGAAAAUCUGAUGAAAACAUAUCAAAAAUGGCCUUAAAUCUGCAAUGUGUUUACAUUUGAACAACCUUAUUUUACUUCUUCUUUUUUUUUUUUUUUAUAAAUUAUAACUUUUGUACAAUAUAAAAAGAGCAGCUGAUUUUAUUGCUCAGAAUUUUUUGGGAAACCAGCUCUAAGCUGUAAUAAUGCACUAUAAUUAUAUACAAUAUGUGAAGUGUCUGUGCUUGUCACAAGUGCAUUACCAGGGACGGCAGUGGUGAAUCAUAGUAAUAUAUGGUAAAUGAUUAUACAGUAUAGACAUAUGCACAGAGCCUCUAAACAGGACGAGUUCGGUCAGUUGUCAUUGGGGAGUUGUAGCACUGAUACCAGAAUCGAGAGGUAUUGACGAAAAAAAAUUAAGUAGAAACCUGCAUCAGCAUCAGCAUCAGCAUGGUGAAAUGUGCAACCAAUCAGCUAUUUGAAAAGGAAAUCUCCAAUGUGUUCAAACCAAUACACAACCACUGUUCUUACUAAUAUUGUCAAGAUAAGGGCAGGCCGAGAAACACAAGGAGACAUUUUAACUCUGUGUAUAUUCAAACAGGAAAUCUGCUUCUUCAAUUUCUUGCGAAGAGUUGGAUGAAAGAAUCAAUACUACUCUCAAGUCUGUACUCUAAAUAUGAAGUACAAGAACUGAAGUGUAAAAAUGAAUAAAAAUUGGACUAUUUUUUGGCUAGCAGCAGUAAUUUGCAGCAACCUUUAUUGACCAUACAGACUCAAGAAUGGUAUUGAUCUUCUCAUCUAAAUCUCUUUACGCAAGAAAGCAAAUAAGUGGAUUCCCCAAAAUAUCAAAAGUCCUUAUUAGCUCGUUCUGUGAAGUCAUACCGCAAUGAAUUCUGGGAGUACCCCAGCUGUGCCUUUUAUUGACCCAUAAAUGUGGAAGCCUUAAGGCAUCUGGGAAAUGUAGGCCUGUGUGUUUUACCUCAGUAGUCUAUGAGAAGCUGAGCUAACUUUUCUCCUUGGAAACCCUGUACUGUAUACGCUCUCGAGUUACCAUGAAGUCCAGGAAAUUAAAUUAUUCCCUCUGCCCUCUUUUCCAAACAUUGGACCCGAGGCAGGUCAAAGAAUUAGAGGUUAUUAGACAAUCACUUGCCAAAAGACACAUUAUGCAAUAACAAAGACAUGCACAUAUGCAGGUACAUACAUAGGAAGAGUCUAGUUCCCACGAAUCUCACCCACCCACCGGCUCAUGCAUGACCAUGUGAUGAUCACAAUCAGACGGAAAAGAAACACCAAUAACCUUUUUUUUUUUUUUAAGCCUGUCUGCUUUUCUUUUCAGUCAGAUUGUCUGUCUCACUGAAGCAUAAUGAUUCAUUUUGGAGCAUUUAAUGAAGCGUAUGUCUGCCUCUACCUGCAUAUCUAUGUCGUCUGUCUUUACGGUGCUUUCAAUGGCCACACUUUGCUUUCUACUGCAUCAUCAUGGCUCAUGUGCCUGACAAUCAAAUCCUCUUUUGGGAAAAAAUAUUUUUGUACAAUUCAUUUCAGAAGUUCUCAUAAGAUUUCCACUCAUUGCCUCUACGGUUGCAUUUUGUUGAUUUUUAAAAAGCUUGCAGUUAUUCUCUUUAUCCACUUAUAGGAUGUACUGUAAGUUGUAAAACGUCACCUGACUCAUCAUGUCUUACCUGUUUCCUGUGGUCACUUUGUUUGCCUGACAAUCUAUCUAGUAAAAGCUCUUGCAUUUCAGUGAGUCUUUGAAUGUAUUAAAUGUGUGACGAGCAUCACCUUAGGCUUUCUACAAUCGAGUAGAAAAAGAAGAAUUUGGCUCUGGUUGAUUCAAAAUGCACUAGAGCUGGAAUACUUUGGAGCUUUGCCCACCUGUGUGCCAUUUGAAACCAGAUAGUGCCUGUCAUACCUGCCACAGGUAUUUUAAGUAAAUAUUUAGAAUGGGGGAGAAAAUUAUUUUACAGGCUUGGAUUGUUUUUCCCCAUAACACGUUAAAUGAGAGAUAUUUUGGAAUAUUCUGGUGAAACCAAGAACCCUGAGACGGUAAACCAAUGUUUCUCAAACCAGAGUACCUUGGCACACUUAUUGAAUUUCCAAAGUCAAACAAACAUUACAUUGAGUUAAAGUGAAUUAAAUUAACCUCUGACCACCUCCCCUUCUGAGCUAAUGCAGUUUCCCUCUUAGAUUUUCUUAACGUUUGGCCGUCGCUUCUCGUAUGACCACACUGAGCUUCAGGUGACAUUUCUAAACAGUAACCGAAUAGUUGUGCCUUGAAUUAUGGUGAGUGUUUGCCACAGCCUAAUGAAAACCGAGAACCACUGGUAAUGAGAUUUGUAAAAAUUGCUUUUGAGAAUCCCAGAUAUGAAUUGAUGGUGGGGGUCAGUUCAACAACACUGAUCUUAGCCUGUAAGGUCUAGACUGUUCCUUUGUGUAGAUUGUCUUGAUGAUAUCAUCGAUGUAUUAUAAGAAGAAAAAAAAUGCUAAUUUAUCCUUGUAAAAAAAAAAGAAAAAAAAGUGACAAAAAAAUUUAAAAUUUGUUUGUUAUUUAAGAGACACUUUUGUAUCAGAAGAGCAAGAUAAAUAAAAACUUUUUGGUUUCCAAUAUGU